ACACUGCCCUGACCAGUUACCUCACGGGCUGUCUGAGGGGAAUGGAGAGUUCUUUGUGCGUAUGAAUGGCAUCCUCCAGAAACAAGAGAAUCUGCUGCGUGCUGCCCAGGCUGAGCGCGAAGGGGAAGGUAACACAGCCGCACCACCAGCAGAGCACGUAGACCAGGCCUUCGUUCCAGAGAGGUCCAGCAGGAGAGAGCAGGACCUCCUAUAUGAAGAGGCCGUUUACACGGUAGUCAACAGGGUGGGCGUGCCCUCGCCAGAGUACAUCACCAAUGAAGGCGACAUCUUCAGUUAUCUGCUGAAGGUUCACACACACUUUUGAUCGGCUAAAUCCGUUUACUGAACAGUCCACCUGGCCAAACUCUCACACACACACGGCAGAGACCAACAAACACUUACUCUCAUACACAUAAGCACACACACACUUAUGAACGCACCCUAGUGUGCUGUAAUUUACACUUCAAAGACUGACUAAUAAAAUAGACAAGACCAGAAAGAGCCAAGUAAGCUGAAAUAAUUACUGUCCUAGAAAACAACAGCAGAAAUCAGAUUGUC